AUGGAGGAGAAUCCCGAGCCAGGGGAGGAGCGCCAGUCCUGCCCUGCAGCCCUGGAUCUGCAGGGAGACGGCUCCUUACAGGUGGAGAUCUCAGACGCAGUGAGUGAGAGGGACAAGGUCAAGUUUACAGUUCACACCAAGAGCUGCCUCCCACACUUCAGCCAGACCGAGUUCUCUGUCGUGAGACAGCACGAGGAAUUCAUCUGGCUCCACGAUGCAUACACGGACAAUGAGGACUAUGCUGGCGUCAUUAUACCCCCAGCACCCCCCAAGCCAGACUUUGAGGCUUCCCGGGAAAAGCUACAGAGGCUGGGGGAAGGUGACAGCUCCAUUACCAGGGAAGAGUUUGCCAAAAUGAAGCAAGAAUUAGAGGGGGAAUAUUUGGCCAUCUUCAAGAAGACAGUAGCCAUGCAUGAAGUGUUCCUGCAGCGCCUGGCAGCCCAUCCCACCCUCCGGCGGGACCACAACCUGUAUGUCUUCUUGGAAUAUGGCCAAGAUCUGAGUGUUCGUGGAAAGAACAAGAAGGAGCUGUUUGGGGGAUUUAUCAGGAAUAUUGUGAAGUCGGCCGAUGAGGCUCUCAUCACUGGGGUGUCAGGACUGAAGGAGGUGGAUGAAUUCUUUGAACAUGAAAGGACCUUCUUGCUGGAGUACCAUACUCGUAUCCGGGACGCCUGCCUGCGUGCUGACCGAGUCAUGCGCUCCCACAAGUGCCUGGCCGAGGAUUACAUCCCCAUCUCUGCGGCGCUGAGCAGUCUGGGCACACAGGAAGUCAACCAGUUAAAGAUGAGCUUUCUCAAAUUGGCUGAAUUAUUUGAACGCCUCAGGAAGCUGGAGGGCCGAGUAGCCUCCGAUGAGGACCUCAAACUGUCUGACAUGCUCCAUUAUUACAUGAGGGACGCCCAAGCAGCCAAGGACCUGCUGUACCGGCGCCUGAGGGCACUGGCAGACUACGAGAAUGCCAACAAGGCCCUGGACAAAGCCCGAAUGAGAAACCGGGAGGUGCGGUCGGCAGAGACCCACCAGCAACUGUGUUGCCGACGAUUUGAGCGCCUCUCUGAUUCAGCCAAACAGGAGCUCACAGACUUCAAGGCUCGACGGGGAUCUGCUUUCCGUAAGAAUCUCAUUGAAUUGGCAGAACUGGAACUCAAGCAUGCCAAGGCCAGUACUCUACUUUUAAGAAACACCCUCAUUGCCCUCAAGGGAGAGCCCUAGUAUCCUCUCCCAGGAUGGAGACCGUACAUAUCCUCUGAAGAAUAUUCCCCUCCCCAGCCCAGCCACGCACUCUAACCCAACCCGAGCCGACCCAACCCCCCUGGGGAAGGAGACUUGGACAACGGCCAACGGAUGAACAUGUUCAUCAACUGUGACCUUCUGGAAUGAACCCCCAGCCAAGGCCCCAUUACACCCCAGGGUUGUCUUUCUUUCAGUCAUGAGA